AUGUGGGCAGCGCAGGAGCGGAAGGUCUUACAUGUGGAUGCGAGUGACUGGAUGGAGCGGAUGUCGAGCUUGGUCAUGAUGUUGGCUAUGAGAGCGGAGGGGAGGAGCUUCAUACUCGGUAAGAGGGGACUUUGGUCGGAUGAAGAUGCCAUUUUCGUCUCAGGAGAAAGAAUAAUCAUCCUUCGACGUCAACAUUUACUAUCAUCGUCGGCAUCGCUGCAAACAUUGCUUCUAAUGUAUAUGCUCUCUACCACUACGACCGACAUGGAAUCCAAUGUCAACUUGUUAGCCAAAUUGGACGCUGCAGAGAUAUUCUUGGAUGUUCUGAAGUCAUUGGAAGUGGUCCCACGUACUGAUUCCAUCAGAAGUGUCCAAAUCGAUGGCCUCAAUUUGUGUGCACAAAGGGUUGAAUGCAACCCGAGGCAUAUGUGGUUUCAGUUUGUCAUUAGGGUUGAAUUGGAAGGGAUCCAAGGUGUUGAUGGGUACGGAUGA